UAAGCUUAACCGCUACAUUUAGUAAUCAAAUUUUGGAUAAUUUGUGCAAUACUUGUACAUGUGAAAAAGCAUCCAUAAUUCCCGAUCUAACAACAGAUUUGCAAAGCAUUGGACCAUUAACGUGGUUUGAAUCUUGGAGGGUAUGCCACAAUAUGGGAGCUCAUCUUGCCGUUCCAUCAAAUGAAAAGGAAAUGAAUAUGAUAGUAAAUUAUUUAAAAUUUAUAAAUCUGACAGAAGCAUUUAUAGGAAUUCACGAUAUAUUCGACGAAGGUCGUUUUGUAACUGUGCACGGUGUACCUUUUGUACCGAAUAAUUUUCUUAAGUGGUCUACAUCGCCGCAUCUGGAACCUGAUAAUUUCAAUAAUGAAGAUUGUUGUGUAUUAUCAAGGAAUGGAUUCCUCAGUGAUGAUGCGUGUACUGAAAAAAGAAAUGCAAUUUGCCAGAGAUACAAAUCUUUUUGUUAAAUGUUUAAUGUAUAAAGAGAAAAGGCAACUUUCCAAUAAAUACGGACGUCUAUUUCUAUUUUUUGUCUGCAGAAUAUAUCACAGAUUCAUAAUCGCGAGGCGUAAGCUCGUAUAUGCCGCUGCUCUUUAAACAAGUAGAAAUCCGCUUAGCAAGCUCGUCUCUCA